AUGGGCAGCAAUAAGGCGCCUCCCAAUUAUUAUAAGAUCCUAGAGAUCCCCGAAACCGCGACCACCCAACAUAUCCGCGAUGCCUAUAAGAAAGCGGCUCUCAGGUCCCACCCCGACAGAGUCCCCGCCGAUUCCCCCGAGCGCGCUGCGCGAACGCGCAAGUUCCAGCUCGUAAACGAUGCUUACUACACACUAUCGGACGCUUCGAGGCGGCGCCAGUACGACGCGCAGCGGGGAUUAUUCGGCGUUGGUGGCAGCAGCGCCGGAGGACGCAGCAGCGCUGGCGGCAGCUCGGAAGCCGGCGGGACCUCCUACACAGACCCUUUCGAAGGCGUAGACGACCCGGAGGAAUCCGUGCCGCCCGACCAGGGCGGCGGGGGGACGCAGAGCACAUACUCGUGGGCCUGGAACUUCUUCACGGGCCAAGGAGGCAACACCCCGGGAGCGCAGCAAUCGCGACAGCGGGCCGAGGAUGCGCAGUUCGAGGACGUGUUCGAGGAAAUGCUGCGGGAAGAGGGGAUGGCUGAGCCGGACGGCACCAACCGCCCGACGCCCAGGUUUUGGAGCAUACUGGGCGCGGCCAGCGGCAGCGUGCUCGGGUUCAUCGUCGCGAACGUGCCGGGGGCGAUGGCCGGCGCCGUCGCGGGAAACCGGCUUGGCGCGGUGAGGGACGCGAGGGGGAAGAGCGUGUAUGCUGUCUUCCAGGACCUGCCGCAGGACGACCGCGCUCGGCUGCUUGCGCGGCUGGCUACGAGGGUGUUCAGCCAGGCCGUCGGAGUGUAG